AUGAGUGAUUUGUGUCCAGUUUACGCUCCUUUCUUCGGUGCCAUGGGUUGUGCCGCAGCCAUCAUCUUCACCUCUUUUGGUGCUGCUUACGGUACCGCUAAAUCAGGUGUUGGUAUUUGUGCCACAUGUGUCUUAAGACCCGACCUAUUGUUUAAGAACAUUGUUCCUGUCAUUAUGGCUGGUAUUAUUGCCAUUUACGGUCUAGUUGUUUCUGUUCUGGUUUGUUACUCUUUGGGUCAAAAGCAAGCCUUAUACACUGGUUUCAUUCAAUUGGGUGCUGGUCUUUCUGUCGGUCUAAGUGGGUUGGCAGCAGGGUUCGCUAUCGGUAUUGUCGGUGAUGCAGGUGUUAGAGGUACUUCUCAACAACCAAGAUUAUUUGUUGGUAUGAUUUUGAUUUUGAUUUUCGCAGAAGUUUUGGGUCUUUACGGUUUAAUUGUUGCCUUACUUUUGAACUCUAGAGCUACUCAAGAUGUUGUUUGUUAA